AAUUAUGCCUGUGCGGAUGCUUCUGGCAGCGCGGAGCCCCUGUGGGCCCUGGUGACAGCGAUGUAAACGUGGAGCCUGCGGAGCCUCACGAGCCCUGCGAAAUGGAGGAGCUCUACAAGGACGGCCAAAACCUGCCCCUGGACGUGACAAGCUCGCCGCCGACCAUGGCCAACAACAAGCUGGAGAACGGGGUGGCGCAGCUCAUCACGGCCGAGGCCUGGAACAUCAACUCCACGGACCUGAUGAAGAAGGCGCUCUCGCCGCUCGUCACGGUGCCCGCGCCCUCCAUGCUCACGCCGCCCGCCGAGCCGCAGAGCGGCGGCGUGGCGCUCAAGGUGGCCGCCACGGUGCUGCAGCCCAUCUGCCUGGGCGACAGCCCCGUGGUGCUGCCCAUCCACCUGCAGGUGGCGGGCAGCGCGGCGCCGCAGCUGGCGCCCGGCGGCAGCACGCCCUACGUCAUGACGAGCCAGGGCCCCGUGCCGCUGCCCCUGCUCCUGGAGCAGCACGUCUUCCAGCACUUGAACUCGCCCCUGGUGCUGCCCCCGGGCGCCCCCUGCGCCACCGGCCCCCUCCACGGCGGCCUCUUCCAGGGCUCCUCGGCCCCCGUGGGGCAGCCGCAGCUGCUGGACCCGAAGCCGGCGAGCCAAGCCCCGGAGCCCGUCCUGCCGCCCGUGUUUCAGACGCCCGGCUUCGCCGCCGUCCUGCAGGACCUGUUCCCCUCGCAGGGCACCCUGGGCUCGGGCCCCUGCCAGCCGCCCCCCGACUACGCGUCCCUCCCGCCACAGGCCUUCAGCUCGCCGCUCUCGCCGCUGGUGCCGCCGGCCACCCUGCUCGUGCCCUAUCCUGUGAUUGUGCCCCUGCCCGUGCCCGUGCCCAUCCCCAUUCCCAUCCCCAUCCCCGUGCCGCAUGGCGCCGAAGCCAAGGUGGCCUCGGACUACCCCAAACCGCCGCUGUUCACCCCGCAUUCCUGCAAGGGCACCCAGACGCCCCUGGAGAAAGAAGAAUCGAAGCCUUUCGACUUCAUCCACCAGCGGGAGUUUUCCCAGCUCAGCCGCCACACGGUCAUCAAGAUGAGCAACGAGAACGAGGCCCUGGACCUCUCCAUGAAAGCGGCGCCGGCGCCGCGGGCCGGUGAGCCCAUCCCGCCGGCACCGCCAGACGACGGCGCGCUGGACCUGUCGCUGGCGUCGUGCCGCAAGGCGGGCGGCAGCGCGGGCCUGGCCGAGGCCGCCGGCACCGCCUGCCCGGGCCCCGUGCUGGACGGCGCCGCGCACACCGCGCUGGACAAGCUCUCCAGCGCGCCCGCCCCCUUCGCCCCCUCGAAACCGCACGAGAGCCCGGGCAAGGCCGAGGGCAGGGGCCCGGCCAGCGGCUCCGCGGAGCUCCUGCGGCAGCAGCAGAAGUGGCUGGUGGAGCAGGCGGGCCGAGCGGCCUGCGAGCCCAAGGGCGGCAAUAACAUCGAGAUAGUGAGCACGUCGCAGACGGCCAAAGUGAUCGUGUCCGUCAAAGACGCCGUGCCCACCAUCUUCUGCGGCAAGAUCAAAGGCCUCUCGGGAGUAUCCACUAAAAACUUUUCCUUCAAAAGGGACAUGCCCCAGGACUCGGUGCUGCAGUGCUACGACGUGAAGAACCAGCCGGAGCCACGGGACAACGCCGAAGCUCUUAGGAAACCCGUAAAAAACAGGAGUGUAAAGUUAAAGAAAAUGAACUCGCCAGAAAUACAUAUUCUUCCAAUCAAAAAGCAACGGCUUGCUGCCUUUUUUCCAAGAAAGUAAAUUAUGGGUUUUUAGAAUUUUAAGAUUAUUAUGGAAAAAAAAUAAUUAAAAAGAUGCACUUGGUUUUAAACUCAUUUAAAACUUUAAACUAUCUUUGUAAGUUAUUUUUUGGGGAAGGGGGAGAGGAUCAGAUGUAGAUUGCCUGUAAGCUGGGCGUUUUUCUUUCGGUUUUUGUUAUCGAAUUUUGACUUUUCAUGAAAAUAACUGAAUAAAAAGCAACCUAUUUUUCAAGCAGAUUGCACAUUUUGCAGCUUUAAUGGAAUAACGGAUGAGUCAGAGGGGUAAGAGCUAUUUUCACUGCCAUAAAGUGCUUUGAUGAUGUAAUUCUUCAUAACGGUUAGAAUGGAAAUUUCAAAAUAAAUGUUUGUACGUGCUAAUUGGUUGCGGCAUUUUUGUCAUUUCUGAACUGUUUUCGUUACAUGGAAAAGGUUUGGCAAAAGUCUGUAAACUGUAAAGCGCUGCAGUUGGUUUKUGACGACCCUCAAAUGCUUUCAGAUCAGCAGGCUAAGAAAAAUUAUAUUGCCCAAGCGCGCUAGGAGGGAGCACUGCCGAGCAGCCGCUGUCCGCGCGCCUCAAGCAGCUCCUGUAAAAGCGAGAGCAAGCGAGCAGCAGCAGCAGCUAAUGCCAGUUUCCUUCCUAGAGACACGUAGGAAACAGUUUGAAAAGAUUAAGUUGUAUUAGCAAUUACUUCAAAAAGAAAACCCUAAAAGUCAGGGGAAUUCGGUGGCCGGAGGGCGAGGAAAAGUCACAUAAUUUUUCCCAGCCUGACUCUAGAGCUAUGGAAAAGUUGUUCAUUGUUAGUUCUAUAAUUUCCUUUGAUGGCUGAAAUCAAUGCACAUACAAGAGCAGAACUAUGUAACGUUAUUACUUGACAGUGUACAAGCCACCCACAUCAAUGGA